CGGAAUCACAUCACAGGUGAUGUCACAAUCUGACCUCUCAGGGGAGACCUAGGCCGAGCACAGAAGGCGAAAUGGAGCUGGGGAGGUAAAACCUGCAUAACAACAAAGGAAUUCCCGUACUUAAGAAAUGAGUCAAACAUCCGUGAAACAGAAAAAGAAGAAUGAUCCUGGGACGCGAUACUCUAAAGAGAGCAUAGACUCAGAAAAAAGACGGGAAUCUGAGAAACCGGGCAGCCGUGUGGGCAGUCAGAUGAGGCAUGCAGGCAAUCCGAGUCACUGGCUGAGAUGUUGCCCCACGCGGGGUCACCUGUCGUGUAGACGCUGCCUCUGUGCAGCUGGGGGAGCUGGCCCCUACCGCAUGGCACGUGUGUAUAUUCACACGCGCCUUUGGUGGGAGCAGGGCCAGCCGAUCUCCAUGAUCAGGGAAUCCCAAGAAUCACCUGUCCAGAAGACCAACUCUCGAGGGCAACUUCCGCAACAACAGUGGUCCCGCACAUCAGGAAGCCCACCCGAUAGGCCUGCAGCAGAGGAGUCCAAAAGCAAGAACAACAGUCCUAAGCACCCCUCCAGCUCCACGACCUCCCGGACAUCCUCGGCCUCACCAAGCCAUCACGAGGAGUCACCUCCGCCCCCUCUGUCCACGCAGCCCUCGCCGCUAGUGCCCACCGCGCCAACGUCCACCCCCGCGAUCACGCCUCCUCUCGACUCGAGGUCCCUCACUGCCUCGGAAUUCGACCCCCCCGGGCGCGGCAAGAUGUAUGACAACCCGGAGGCCUGGGCGCAAGGCAUCGUGCGCGAUGUCCGCGAGUCCCGCGAGUCCCGCGACUCGCGCCCGCCACCCCGCGAGUCCCGAGAGUCCAGGGACACGCGCCCGCCGCCCCGCGAGUCCAGAGAGUCCCGCGACACGCGCCAACCACCCCGCGAGUGCCGCGAGUCCCGCGACACGCGCCCGCCGCCCCGCGAGUACCCGGGGACGCAGCCCACCGAGUGGCGCGCGUAUGGCCAGCGCCACGCGCAAGGCCCGGGCUCCAUCUCGCUGGACCAGGACUGCCUGUCCGAGCUGCAGCCCCGGCCGCCCAGGUCCCACAUGUCCUGCGGGGCCGAGCCGCCGCCGCCGCCGGCGGAGACGGAGCAGGAGGCCGAGGAGGAGGAGACCGAGGAGGCCUACUGGUCCUCGGUGAAGAAGCUGUACGAGAAGAUCCCCAGCUGCGCGCGCCCGCGGCCGCCCAAGCCCAAGCAUGCCAUCACCAUCGCAGUCUCCUCCCGGGCCCUGUUCAACAUGGUGGAUGACAGGCGAAUCUACGAGCAGGAAGGUCUGGAGAAGUACAUGGAGUACCAGCUCACCAACGAGAACGUGGUCCUCUCCCCGGGGCCCGCCUUCCGCUUUGUCAAGGCCCUGCAUCAUGUCAAUGCUAGACUGCGUGAUCUGUACCCUAAUGAACAGGACUUAUUUGAUGUUGUACUGAUGACUAAUAACCAUGCCCAAGUGGGAGUGAGGCUUAUAAACAGCGUCAAUCACUACGGGUUAUUCAUUGACCGCUUCUGUUUGACUGGUGGGAAGAGCCCCAUUGGCUAUUUGAAAGCAUAUCUUACCAACUUGUAUCUUUCCGCGGAUUCUGAAAAAGUACAAGAGGCAAUACAAGAAGGAAUUGCCUCUGCGACAAUGUUUGAUGGAGCCAGAGACAUGGCUUACUGUGACACCCAGCUCCGCGUGGCCUUUGAUGGAGACGCCGUCCUCUUCUCAGAUGAGUCUGAGCAUAUUGCCAAGGAGCAUGGGCUGGACAAAUUCUUCCAACAUGAAAGCAUGUUUGAGAACAAGCCUCUGGCUCAGGGUCCUCUGAAAGGCUUUCUGGAAGAUUUGGGCCGACUGCAAAAGAAGUUUUAUGCCAAAGAUGAAAGGUUGCUUUGUCCCAUCAGGACCUACUUGGUUACAGCCAGAAGCGCAGCCAGCUCCGGCGCCCGUGUGCUGAAGACCCUCCGCCGGUGGGGCCUGGAGAUAGACGAAGCUCUCUUCCUUGCUGGAGCCCCCAAGGGUCCAAUCCUGGUGAAAAUCAGGCCCCACAUCUUCUUUGAUGAUCACAUGUUCCACAUUGAAGGGGCACAGAAAUUUGGCACCAUCACAGCUCAUGUACCUUAUGGCAUCAGUCAAAAAUACACUGGUUAGGGAUAGAAUGAACCAAACCAUGACAGUCUAGGACAAUAGAGGACGCCUCUUUUGGACAUCUAGGGUAAUUAGGUAUUUCAAAAGACUGGACCUCAGCUUAGCUUCUUUGUAAAGGUUUUCUCUUCACUUCUUCGAAAACAUUUGAACUCGAAGUUACCUUCAAAAUACUUCUCUUCAAGCAGUCAACACUGUUGAAUGUCACUGCACCUAUUUCUGUGUAAGGCAUAAUCAUUGUUUGGGAUGUUUCCAGUUUGAAUAUUUGAGAGCUAACGGGCUGUUUCAGAAGCUUGCUUGGUUUCACAAUGUAUGGCUCCUUUUCUGGGUGGAGAUGGAAUGGAUUGUUAGCCAUCAUCUAUAAGAGUGGUCUUCACGAGUGAGUGAGUAUGGCUAAGUUCACUCUUGGAAAUGAGAAUGUCAGUUCACCUGGAUUUGGAUGGUGCACAUCUGGAAAUCAGUUAAUUUUUCCCACAGGGCACAUUCUAAAAUGGCCUUACACAAAACCAAGAAAGGUCCUUCGAAACUUCCUUGGUGGGUUAAUUGCUUGGGGAUCACAGACUUAAUUCUUUAAGUCUCUCACGUUGAGCCUACAGACUGACCCAAUACUUGCAUGGUAAAAAAGUAAAAGAAAAAAAAAAAGAACUAAACACCUGAUGAUGUGAAGUGUAGUAUUUUUGGCUUCUCAUUGUCAUUUCAUUGUGACUUUUUGUCGUCAUUUUGUUUUAUUUUUAACAAAUCUUGUUGUUGACCAUAGUAUGCCCUAUGCUGGAUACUGGUUAAUAAUUUUCACAUUACUUCGUUUUCUUAUCAAAUUAAAUAUUUUCAAUAUA